AUGCCCGAGGGCCAGGGCGCGCCUCCCUCUCCCCGGGCGGCACGGAGCGCCCCGGACAGAAGGUCGUCGGAGCCCGCGCUCUGCCCGCAGUCUCACGUUCUGGCCCCUGGGUCUCGGGGGUUCCCGGGGUCCCCGGCCCCGCGGCGGGGCGCCGCCCACAGCUGCGUCCCGCAGAAGCUGGCCGAGGCGCGCAGCAGCCAGUACGGGCUGAACGUGUUCGUGGCGGGGCUGCUGCUGCUGCUGGCCUGGGCCGUGCACGCCGCGGGCGUGGGCAAGAGCCUCCUGCUGUGCGCGCUGACGGCGCUCAUGCUGCUGCAGCUGCUGUGGAUGCUGUGGUACGUGGGCCGCCGCGCCGCGCUCCGCCGCCUCGCCCGCCUCAAGGACACGCACGCCGGCGCGCGCUGGCUCCGCGGUAGCAUCGCCUUGUUUGCCGUCAUCACCGUCGUCCUUGGAUGCCUCAAGAUCGGGUACUUCGUUGGGUUUUCUGACUGCUUGUCCCCCACCGAGGGCGUGUUCCCCGUCGCACACGCGGUGCACACGCUGGUGCAGGUGUACUUUCUCUGGGGACACGCCAAGGACAUCAUCCAGUCUUUCAAAACCCUGGAAAGGUUCGGGGUGAUCCACUCGGUGUUCACCAACCUGCUUCUGUGGGCCAACAGCGUCCUGAACGAGUCGAAGCACCAGCUGAAUGAGCACAAGGAACGGCUCAUCACCCUGGGCUUCGGCAACAUCACCAUCGAGCUAGAUGACCACACGCCGCCGUGCAACUGCUCCCCGCCGGCUCUCUGCGCCGCCAUCUCCCACGGCAUCUACUACCUCUACCCUUUCAACAUCGAGUACCAGAUCCUGGCUUCCACGAUGCUCUACGUGCUGUGGAAGAACAUCGGGCGCAGCGUGGACAGCCGCCAGCACCGGAAGAUGCGGUUCCGGUUCCAGGGGGUGGCGGUGGGCUCGGGCCUGGGCCUGGCGGUGCUGGCGGCCACCAUCGGGGUGGUGGCGGUGUACCUGAUCCACAUCGGCCGCUCCAAGGCCAAGAGCGAGGCUGCGCUCACCCUCUUCUACCUGUACGCCAGCGCCCUGCUGACGCUCAUGGGGGCCGCGGGGCUGGCCGGCCUCCGGCUUUACGGGCUCGACGAGCAAUCACCGGACGAGUCCAAAAACCCGGCCCGCAAACUGGACGCGGAUCUCCUGGUGGGCACGGCCUCCGGCUCCUGGCUCCUGUCCUGGGGCUCCAUCCUGGCCAUCCUCUGCGCCGAGGCCCGCCCCGCCUACACCUGGUACAACCUGCCCUACUCCGUCCUGGUCAUCGCGGAGAAGUACAUCCAGAACCUGUUCAUCAUCGAGGCCGCGCACCGGGCGCCCGGCACGCCCCGCGAGGACAUCAGGGCCCUGCGGGUGGCCGUGGUCUGCAACGGCAGGGACGCACCGCUGGCUUCUUCCUGCCUCAAGAGCGACGCCGUGGCCCGGGACCUGGGCAGCCAGAUGCCACCUGCAGCCAACGGAAGUCUGUGCCUGAGAGAAGUCGGUGGCCCAGGGGAGGCGGAGCCGAGCUGGGCAGGGGCCCCGGGCCCGGCCUGCCGUCCCCGCCUCGUGCAGGGCCGCACGCAGAGGAGCCUCCUGAGGAACAUUGCAGCCUUCUUGUUCCUCUGCAACAUCUCGCUGUGGAUCCCUCCCGCCUUCGGCUGCCGGCCCGAGUAUGACAACGGCUUGGAGGAAAUCGUCUUUGGCUUCGAGCCCUGGAUCAUCGUGGUCAACCUGGCCAUGCCCUUCUCCAUUUUCUACCGGAUGCACGCAGCUGCCUCCCUCUUUGAGGUCUAUUGUAAGAUCUAG